GUGAUACAAGGCUAGUGGGUGUGGCGCAUCAACAAACUCAAGUGAACAAUCUGCAGCAAAACCCCAAGUUUGCAUCUGCUACUACUUUAAUCUACAGCCGACAGUUUGAGGCUACCAAUCUUCAGUCGGAAGUUGUGCCUCUAGAAUGGAUGGUUCUGAAUGACCUUCCUAGUGGGCCAAUAGGUGCAGGACUCGGAGCUGCCCUCUUCAACCGUCGUGGCCCAAGGAGCUGGUCGUGAGCCUCUUCUUGAACAUUCCAACCUUGCCGACGACCAACACACUCUGCAGGAGCAGAAAUGCGGGUCUACAAGGCUUCAUUACAUUCAUUGAGCUCUUCGAGAUAAGGUGACAGCUUCGCAGAACCAGCGCACCAGAAUGUCUCGUUUCCUUACACCAGCCAAGAUUGGCCUCCUUGCUCUCAUUGAGCUCUAUGCAAACAAAGCAGUCCCAACCUCAUCCAUAGUGGAUGUCCUUUCUUUCAUCACGUUUCAUCUGAUUGAUGGCGACAGCGGGAGCCUGUCGGCCGAUGCCGAUGGCCGCUGGAAGAAGGCCGAAAGCACCGUCAGCCUCGUCAUCUCCAUCGCUGAUUUUGAGAAGGCGCUUAGCCCCCAUACCGCCGCUUCGGGUAUGCCAGGACGCAGCCUCUGGUACGUGUUCGUGGACAAGCUUUGGAAAAUCAACUCGCUGGACGCACUGCACGAGUUUUUCGAGCGACGGUCCCAUUUGUUGGCCAAGUCCAAGGAGGAGCUGCGCCGGGAUGCCGAGACGGGCCUCGCGCCUCCAGCACCGGACGCCGUCCUGCUCUCGCGAAACUCACCUUUUGGUGCAUUCAUUCGGCGAACGCUGCUGGAGUUUACGAGAUUACCGUUCCAUACCACGUUCGAGCUGUGGAAGGAUUUCGUCAAGUACCGCCAGACAACAGCGGCUUAUUUCCGGAAGAAGACGCCAUCCUUUCAACGAUUGAGCUUUGACAACGUCCUGUUGGAAGGGGAACAUGCAUCUUGGGGCGACGGCGUGGAGGUUGUUGCCUCGGUGGCAUAUGGGGAUAUGCUCAGAGAUGACCCCAGCUCGACCUUGCCUGUCAGCACGGAUGAUAUCGAAAAGCUUCUGGAGUUUCAGAUCGAGCAGAUGCAAAGGUAUGGCAAUCGAAUACCGCUGGAAAUCCGCCAUCAGUUCCAGGACCUGUUAAACGACAGCUUCAUGGUUCCUAGCUUGUCACACUAUCUCAGUUACCUCGAUGCGUGGCGGGCGGGAGACUACUCGACGUCCUUCGAUUAUUUGCACAGAUAUUUCGACUACACGAUGCAAAACAGAGACCGACUGUUCUAUCAGUAUGCACUCAUGAACCUAGCCGUCCUGCAAGCAGACUUUGGGUGCUACAAAGAGGCCGUGGCUGCGAUGCUGGAGACGGUGUCGACAGCCCGCGAGAAUCGAGACAUGACCUGUUUGAACUUCGCGCUGAAUUGGCUCUUCCACUUUGGCAGAGCGCAUCCCGAGAUUACUCGCGAACUCGAGUCGAACAGCAUGCUUGGUACUGGCAAAGAGUCUCUAGCAUUCCUCCGGAGCAAAGCCAAGGAAACGGGCAUGUGGACACUUUGGAGUUCAGCCCUCGUCAGCGAGGCGAAGAUGGCAUUAUCCAAUGGCGAGAGCAUCGCCACUGCUCUUGAACACAUGGUCCGCAGCUCGCAGAUCCUGGUCGAGAGGAACAUGAAGAGCAUGAUGGGCACACAAAUGUCACUCAACAUCGCAUUGUGGGACCGCCUGGGCAUUGCCUAUCUCUCGUCGACCGUGUGCGAUGUAUUCCUGCGCUGCCAUGCGCGCAAUUCUAUCUUUGACGACGAAUUGAAGGUCACAAGCCGGCAAGUGUCCAUGUUGGCGCUGAAGGGGAAAUACGACGAGGCGCUGGGGAAACUAGAAGGCAUGGAUCCCAACUCUCUGCGCACAUGGAAACCCAGCCAGUAUUGGCACAAAUUUCGGGGCAUUGUCAAACUUCGUCGCGACCUGCACCACAACCACCUCGAUGGAGCGGAGCAUCUACUCUCACAACUACUGCAGUCGAAGACGGAGGAUCUCGAGCCCGACCUCGCCUUCGUCAUCGACAGCUUGCACAUCGAGUGCCUCGUCCGGCGGGGAAACCUCCAACAAGCCUUCGCCGAGGUCGAGAACCUAGUCUCCGAGCUCGGUGAUGACAACAGGGACAUUGCGCUCCGGGUGCGUCUGCUGCUUAUCAAAGCCGAGCUGCUGGAUGUCUGUGGCCGGCCGCAAAAGGGCUUCACCAUUGCCGUGCGAGCAGCCAACGUCGCCCUGCGCGCGCGCCUCAUCCCGUAUCUCUGGCCGGCCAUCGGUGCCGUUGCCAACAUUCUAGUCUCGCUCGGCGACUUCGAACCCGCCAUCCAGCUUCUGCUCGCCAUCUUGCCUCGUAGCCUCGAGUGCGAGAACUCGGCGAUGACCGCGAAGCUGUACUCGAUUCUGGGAGAUGCGAACAUGGGUUUAGCGGGCAAGAUGCCGCCCCAGUCCAAGGAGAGACGGCAAUACAUGACGAAGGCGCUCGAGGGUAUUGAGAAGGCCUUCAAUCAUUACUCGGACAUGGAGGACAUCAAGAAGCAGUGCGAAAUGAUGGCCAAGAAGGCGACCAUCAUGAAGGUCGCAGGUGACCACGUGUUGGCGAAUGAUUACGCGGCCGCGUACUUGGCGCUGAGGAGAGAUGCCGAGCAAACCAAAACGUGACGGAAGAUGUAGCAAGCAAGAUCUUCGGAAAGAUGACGUUGAACAUUGAUAUUUGUUCAAGUACUACCUAGAUCAGGGUGUAUUUUAUCCUUUCCUGGGCUAUGGCUGCUUAAGUAGACAAGCGACAUGUUAUGGGAGA